UGGUAUCUGUCUACAGAUUAUGGCCCUAGUAGCAGAUUUUAUGCUAGUAUGGCUUCCUGCUCCAACUGUUUCUCUCCGGCCGCCACUUGCCGUCAGUGCCGGCUCUAUCGCCAAGUUCUUCCAUGGCUGCCCUGAAAAUGCCUUUCAGGUAGCUUUGGCUGGAACGUCUUAUUCACUUUUACAGAGAAUAGGUGCAAUUGUGCGCAACUGGGCCAAACUGUUUGCAGUGGGGACUGGGGCAUCUCUGGUAAGUACAUUAUCUUACGCUUUAUAG